GGCACUGCGGGUGCCUCCUCGUCCCCUCAUGACACUACGCCUGCAACUCCAAAUGAGAACGGUUCGGAUGAGCGGUCGGAUGCCAGUGGAAUGAAGCAUUCGCCUGAGUCGGCAGGCCACUCGGCGAAGGAUGCGACGACGCCAUCGGAGAUGGAGACUGUUCUGACCAAAGUGUUCGAGAAGUUUAUGACACCGCGGGAGCUGCAAACGCCGUCUGUCACGAUGGAUGAAACUGCCUGGUUCAACAUGUUCGAGAAGUUUAUGAAGGCACGGGAGCCGCCACCACCGUCGGUCACGAUGAACGAAACUACCUGGUCCAAGGUAUUCGAAAAGUACAUGAAGCCGCGGGACCCGCAAAAACCUGACGAAGCUUGGCCGGUACUAGCGAACGAGGUUUGGUCCUACGAGGAGGAGCGUAUAGAACGAUGGCGAAAUGAAAUCAACACGCUUCUCGUUUUCGCGGGCCUGUUCUCUGCCGUUCUCACUGCGUUCGCUUGCCAGUACUACGCCGUUUUGCUUCCACCGCCUGACUUCAACACGAUGAUCCUCGAGCGCAUAUCAGUGCAGUUCGGUAAUAUGUCGAGCAACCCCGACGUCGCACCGGCCAGCUCUUCGUCGCCGUUCCCUCCUGCCCCCCCUGCGCCCCGAUGGAUUGCUAUGUUGUGGUUCGCAUCACUGGUCUUCAGCCUCGGUGCUGCGUCAGUCGCUCUCGCUGUCAACCAAUGGUUGAACUUCCACGCGGAGCAAUCGGGAUUGCGGACUACAGAGCAGAAGGUUCUGACCUGGCAACUCCGUCGGGACGCCCUUAACAAGUGGAAGGUGGAGGGCAUCGUCAGCCUCCUUCCUUGCCUGUUGCAGGUGGCCCUCGUCUUAUUCCUCAUUGGGGUUGUGGGCUAUAUAUGGGUGCUCGGACCCGACAUCGCCGUCCUGAGCACAGUGCUCGUCGGCAUCUUGCUAGUCUUUCUAGUAGUCACGUCGGUGUUACCUGCAUUUGUUCAUUACAGCCCGUACAAGUCGCCC